UCUGCAAUCGCUUUCCAAUCGCCACGAGAACACCUUCUACAGUCCAAUAAGCACAAAUGACGAGAAAGAAAGCUUCCCAGCAGCAAGAGAAGCCUCACCAGACGGCUAUGGAGGAUCCCUCAGAAAAGCUCGCCAGCUUGAAAUCUCUCAAUGCUCUUCUCCUCAAAGAGACCGUCGAACGCAGACAACAAGUCGACGCACUUGUCCAAUCCAAAGAGUCGCUGGAAUCGGAGAUCUCUCGCACUUUGCUCGACAAACAGAAAUUGGAGUCCGAGAAGUUGUUCCUAGAAGACGAAUCCAUCGCCGCCGGGCUUGAGCAGAGGUUGACCCUAGCUUUCGUGUCAUCACAACUGAGCCAACAAGCUGAGAGCUUGAAGAACGAGAUAAGGAGAGCAAAUGAAGAGACGAGAGCUCAGGCUACCGUCUUUGAAACUAAUCUGGAAGAGAAAAUCAAUGAUAAGGAGAAAGCCAGGAAGACAACAGAGACGAGAAUGGAAGAGCAGCAGAAAGAGAUGAACCAGAUAAGCAACGACUUUCGCAGGUACAGGAAUGAAGUCCGAAAGGAUCUCGAUCUGAAACAACAGGAGAAACAACAGGAGGCGAAUCGGUUGAGGUCUACGGUGGUUAAGUUGGAGAAGAGCAGUGCUGAGGCUCGGGAAGAGAUUGUUCGGAUGCAAAUGGAACACGACGAAGUUAGACAAGAGAUGGAGAAAAGGUUUGGAGACCUGAAGAGAGAGAUGGAAGCUGCUAUUAGAGAGAAGGAUGAGAUUGAGGCGGCGACGAAUGAACAGGUUCGUGAGAUUGACUCUUUGAAGAAAUUAGUGAAUGUCCUAACAACCGACCUCAGCAGUGAGAGAGAAGCGUCCGAUCGUGUUCUUCGUGAGAAGGAUCUGCUUCAGCAAGACCUCGACACCCACAUAGAGGAGAUAAAAAUUCUGAGAUCAACUCUUCUUGAGCUGGAGAAGAGUAGGUCAGGCACUCAAGAUGAGCACCGUCAACUACAGACAAAGCACAAACUACUUUUGGAAGACAAAGAAAAGAUGGAAAUGAGCCUUGCUGCUCUGGAAAGAGAUAAGGCCUCUGCAGAUAGAAGCCUGAUGCAGUCAUCACAACAAAUAGAAGAUCUUAAGAGAGAAGUCACGGAACUUGUGGCAGAUGAGAAGCAGAUUCAGUAUGAGAGGACUCAGCAGGCAGUAAAGAUCACUGCUCUACAAAAAGAAGUGGCUCAGCUCAGUUCCACCAUUUCUAGUCUACAAAAGCAGGAAGAAGGUUUGCAGCUGAAAAUUUCCAAGCUGGGAAGAAGUAAUGCAGAUGCCCAAGAGAAGCAAGAGCAGCUGUUGAUGGAGUUCAAUGCGGUAGUUAAAGAACAGGAGGAGAGGGAAAGGAUCUUUGAGAAGCUGAUGGAGGAAAGAUCUUUGGCCACACUUAGUCUUGAAAAGUCCUUUCAGCGACUAGAGGAACAAGGGAGAAAUAUGCAGGAAAUAGUCCUAGAGAAGGAUGAAAUAAAGCAGGUGAAGAUUAAGCUGGAGGCCAAAAUCUUUGCGAUGCAUGAAGAGAUGGGACAGCUAAGGGCCACUGUAUCUAUACUGCAAGAAUCAUGUCAACGACAUGAAGAAAACAACCUCCAACUCCAAGCUGAAGCCAUCCAAAACAGAGAUGCUCUUGAUCGUGUUGCUCUUGAGAGGGACGAUGCUCUGAAGGUUCUUAAUAUGGAGAAAAAGGAGUUCUCCAACUUGAGAUUGAAACUUCUGGAAUUGGAGAAGAUUGUUAAGGAGACCAAAGAAGAAAAUGCUCAGUUAUGUACAGAACGUGAUGGUCUAGUCAAACAAAGGAAAGAGAAGGAGAGCAGCCUUCAAUUGCUCACUGAGGAGAAGGCUUCAUUGCAGAAGGGUUGGUUAAAAGCUAAACAAUGUCUUGAGGGUCUGCAGGUUAAAAUGAUAUCCACAAACAAAUUGUCUGACAGAACCUUAUCCAUGUUAAAGGACACUGUAGCCAUUGUGCAUGGAUCUGCAGAAGAGAAGGAUGGAAAGAGAGAAGCAGGUACUGAUACAGAGAAAAUUGACGUGGAGAUUCGACCAAUUGCAGCAGAAUUGGAAGCAAUCAAGAAAGCGUUCAGAAACAAAGAAGCAAAGUUGGAAGACUCAUCCCAACAACUCAGGGCCCUUGAGAACUCUGUGAAGGAGGCAAAGAAGAAGAGCUUCUGGGCGUUGCUAUCCUCAGCAACAACAAUUUUUGCUGCAGCAUUUGUGGCAUAUGUUGCCAGGGACACUAACUGAGAUGUAUUUUUCUA